GGGACCGGGCGUUCGGGCUCCACCCCCGGUACCUCGUUAGGCGAGCCUGCUCUCGCCCUGGUUCUCGGGUGCUAGGAGACCGCUGCCGGCGUCGGGUUGUGCGGGACGCUAACUGUAUCCUCUGGAUUUAACUCUGUGAGCCCACGCGCGGAGGAGCUGCGGAUAAGCGCCCCGGAAGCGCCCUGGAGCCCCCAAACAGAGCGCGGCCGCUGGGGGAUUGCGCGCGGCGCCGGGUCCGGGCGGGGCCAACUUUUCUGUCGGAGGACGCGAACCGGCACGCUGCGCCUUUAAGGGGUCCAGCUGGGCUGGGCGCCCGAGCUGGGAACGGCGCGGGUAGCAGCGCGGCUGCAGGUCCGAGUCCGGGGCUAGGGACCGAGUGCCGGGGUCCAGGCCCGGCGGCGGGACCCAGGCGGCUGAGGCCGGUCAGAAUCUCAUUUUCAGCUUCUGCCAGAGCCAGGAGCAGCUGGGAAAGAAGGCUGUGCUCUUUGAAGAGAGUCAGCCAGUCUGAAAGAGCAGGAUGGAUCUUGAUGUGGUUAACAUGUUUGUGAUUGCGGGCGGGACACUGGCCAUCCCAAUCCUGGCAUUCGUGGCUUCAUUUCUUCUGUGGCCUUCAGCGCUGAUAAGAAUCUACUAUUGGUACUGGCGGAGGACAUUGGGCAUGCAAGUCCGCUAUGUUCACCAUGAAGACUAUCAGUUCUGUUAUUCCUUCCGGGGCAGGCCUGGGCACAAACCCUCCAUCCUCAUGCUCCACGGAUUCUCUGCCCACAAGGAUAUGUGGCUCAGUGUGGUCAAGUUCCUUCCAAAGAACCUGCACUUGGUCUGCGUGGACAUGCCAGGACAUGAGGGCACCACCCGCUCCUCCCUGGAUGACCUGUCCAUAGAUGGGCAAGUCAAGAGGAUACACCAGUUCGUAGAAUGCCUGAAGCUGAACAAAAAACCUUUCCACCUGGUAGGCACCUCCAUGGGUGGCCAGGUGGCUGGGGUAUAUGCUGCUUACUACCCAUCGGAUGUCUCCAGCCUGUGUCUUGUGUGUCCUGCUGGCCUGCAGUACUCAACUGACAAUCAAUUCGUACAACGGCUCAAAGAACUGCAGGACUCUGCCGCUGUGGAGAAGAUUCCCUUGAUCCCGUCUACCCCAGAAGAGAUGAGUGAAAUGCUUCAGCUCUGCUCCUAUGUCCGCUUCAAGGUGCCCCAGCAGAUCCUGCAAGGCCUUGUCGAUGUCCGCAUCCCUCAUAACAACUUCUACCGAAAGCUGUUUUUGGAAAUCGUCAGUGAGAAGUCCAGAUACUCCCUCCAUCAGAACAUGGACAAGAUCAAGGUUCCGACGCAGAUCAUCUGGGGGAAACAAGACCAGGUGCUGGAUGUGUCUGGGGCAGACAUGUUGGCCAAGUCAAUUGCCAACUGCCAGGUGGAGCUUCUGGAAAACUGUGGGCACUCGGUAGUGAUGGAGAGACCCAGGAAGACAGCCAAGCUCAUAAUCGACUUUUUAGCUUCUGUGCACAACACAGACAACAACAAGAAGCUGGACUGAGGCCCUGACUGCAGCCUGCAUUCUGCACACAGCACCCGCUCCCAUCCCCCAAGUCUGACGCGGCCACCACUCUCAGGGAUCCUGCCCCAAAUGCGGUCGGAGCGCCAGUGACCCUGAGGAAGCCAGUUCCUUAUCCCUGGUAUCCACGGUUCCCCAGAGCUUUGGGGACCACGCGAAAACCUCCAAGAUACUUUUCACAAAGUAGAAACUCAUAUGGAACAAAAUAAGAAACCCUAGCCAUGAAAUCUACCAUGAAGUCUUCAAGUUCAUGUCACUGACAAGCUUGUGCAAAGCAGCCAGCUUGGACCAUAAUUAAGUCAAGGACAUUUUCUUUGAGACAUUCCUGAUAGUUGGAGACUGAAGAUAUUUUUGUUGCUUCAGGUGUAUUCCCUUGCAUGGGCAGUGGCUUUUAUAGGAGCAUUAGUCCUCAUUUGCCGAACCCUGUUGUUUAGGACUAAUUUAAAUUUUACAUAGAGACCCAUGUAUGACUGCAGCCCAUUGGCUGCAAGACCAGGGAGGAAAGUGGCAAGCUGUAGAAAAUGUUUACAUGCAUGGAGGGGCAUUGCUCCAGCCGCUGGAGCAGCAGGGUACAUGGGUGGGUGGUUCAUUCACACCCACGAGUUAGGUAUGUUCUGAGUGAACCCACAGCAGUCACAGAAUGAGCACCUGGCAGGGUGGGUUUCCUAGGGAUAAUUUAUUAUUUUAAAAAAUAGGCCUAAUAAAGCAAUAAUGUUCUAGACAUCUGUCUAAGUAAUCAGACUCAGGUUCCACACACAAGCAACAACUCGUGGGCCUCUUUUUCUAUUUCGGUGUGCUACUAAGAACCCUUGGAUGUAACAUACUAGUUUGUUAAUGAAUUCUGUGAAUUCCGUGAAGAGUAAUGUGAUUAAAAAUAAGUCUAAACAGCUGUAAAAGUGACCACAGUGACAUGAAAUAAAUUUAAUAAGUCUAGAUCAGC